GCCCUUCUACCCGUCCGGCGUCCGCGGCCCGCUAUGGUGCUGCCGGCCCGCCCUGCGAGGCCCCGCUGAGUGCUGGUGCGGCGGCGAUCGCGCCUCGGGGUCACCAUGCCCACCCGAGUAUGCUGCUGCUGUUCUGCUUUGCGCCCUCGUUACAAGCGCCUGGUGGACAACAUAUUCCCUGAAGACCCCAAAGAUGGCCUCGUUAAAGCUGACAUGGAGAAGCUGACAUUUUAUGCAGUAUCAGCUCCCGAGAAACUGGAUCGGAUUGGGUCUUACCUGGCGGAAAGAUUGAGCAGGGAUGUUGUGAGGCAUCGGUCCGGGUAUGUCUUGAUUGCUAUGGAGGCGCUGGACCAGCUGCUUAUGGCUUGUCAUUCUCAGAGCAUCAAGCCAUUCGUAGAAAGCUUUCUCCACAUGGUGGCAAAACUGCUGGAGUCCGGGGAACCAAAGCUUCAAGUGCUUGGAACGAACUCUUUUGUCAAGUUUGCAAAUAUUGAAGAAGACACCCCCUCCUAUCACAGGCGCUAUGACUUCUUUGUGUCUCGAUUCAGUGCCAUGUGUCAUUCCUGCCACAGCGAUCCAGAAAUACGAACAGACAUCCGAAUUGCUGGAAUAAGGGGCAUCCAGGGAGUGGUUCGAAAAACAGUUAAUGAUGAGCUUCGGGCUACCAUUUGGGAACCCCAGCAUAUGGAUAAAAUUGUGCCGUCCCUGCUGUUUAACAUGCAGAAGACCGAAGAGGUGGACAGUCGACUAGGCCCUCCUCCUUCUCCUUCCACAGUAGACAAAGAAGAGAACCCCUCUGUGCUGGCAGAAAACUGUUUCAGAGAACUGCUAGGCCGAGCUACUUUUGGGAAUAUGAAUAAUGCUGUUCGGCCCGUCUUUGCGCACUUGGAUCAUCACAAGCUGUGGGAGCCCAAUGAAUUUGCAGUUCACUGCUUUAAAGUCAUCAUGUACUCCAUUCAGGCUCAGUAUUCUCACCAUGUGAUCCAGGAGAUUUUAGGGCACCUUGAUGCUUGUAAAAAAGAUCCACCCCGGGUUCGAGCAGGUAUUAUCCAGGUUCUGUUAGAAGCUGUCGCCAUUGCUGCCAAAGGUUCCAUAGGCCCCACGGUCCUGGAAGUCUUCAACACUUUACUGAAGCACCUGCGUCUCAGUGUGGAGUUUGAAGCCGGUGACUUACAAGGGAGCUCUACGGGCAGUACCGCCUUGACCACAUGUUCCAAAGACAGCGAUGAGAAGAUCGUGCAGAACGCUAUCAUCCAAACCAUAGGGUUUUUUGGAAGCAACCUACCAGAUUACCAGCGGUCGGAAAUCAUGAUGUUCAUUAUGGGCAAAGUGCCCGUCUUUGGGACCUCCACGCACACUCUGGAUGUCAGCCAGCUUGGGGAUUUGGGGACCAGGCGGAUUCAGAUAAUGCUGCUGCGAUCGUUACUUAUGGUAACCUGUGGAUACAAAGCCAAGACCAUUGUCACUGCACUGCCUACGUCUUUUCUGGACCCUUUGCUGUCUUCCUCACUCAUGGAAGACUAUGAACUCAGGCAGCUGGUCUUGGAAGUCUUGCACAAUCUCAUGGACCGCCACGAUAACAGGGCGAAGCUUCGAGGGAUCAGAAUAAUACCAGAUGUGGCCGACCUGAAGAUAAAAAGAGAAAAAAUUUGCAGACAAGACACAAGUUUUAUGAAAAAGAAUGGACAGCAGCUGUACCGGCAUAUCUAUUUAGGCUGCAAAGAGGAAGACAACGUUCAGAAGAACUAUGAGCUGCUCUAUACAUCUCUUGCUCUUAUGACUAUUGAAUUGGCCAAUGAAGAAGUGGUUAUUGAUCUCAUUCGAUUAGCCAUUGCUUUACAGGACAGUGUGAUUAUCAAUGAGGACAAUUUGCCCAUGUUCCAUCGCUGUGGGACCAUGGCCCUGGUGGCGGCAUACCUGAACUUCCUAAGCCAGAUGAUUGCUGUCCCUGCCUUUUGUCAGCAUGUUAGCAAGGUUAUUGAGAUUCGAACUAUGGAGGCCCCCUACUUCCUCCCAGAGCACAUUUUCAGAGAUAAGUGCACGCUGCCGAAGUCCUUAGAGAAGCAUGACAAAAGUCUGUAUUUUCUGAGCAAUAAGAUUGCGGAGUCUCUUGGUGGCAGCGGGUACAGUGUGGAGAGGUUGUCAGUCCCAUACGUGCCACAAGCUAAAGACGAAGAUCGACUUUCUAGAAGAAAAAGUAUCGUGGACACUGUCUCCAUUCAGGUGGACAUUCUGCCCAGCAGCAACCAUUCUGAUGAUGUGGUUAGUAACACCGAAGAAAUCACCUUUGAAGCGCUGAAGAAAGCAAUCGAUACCAGUGGGAUGGAAGAGCAAGAAAAGGAGAAGAGACGUCUUGUGAUAGAGAAAUUCCAGAAAGCCCCAUUUGAAGAACUAGCAGCACGGUGUGAAUCCAGAGCACAUUUGCUGCAUGACAGACUUGCUCAGAUCCUGGAACUCACCGUACGCCCUCCACCAAGUCCAUCAGGAACUCUGACCUUGACUUCUGGGCAUGCCCAAUACCAGUCUGUCCCUGUCUACGAGAUGAAGUUCCCAGACCUGUGUGUGUACUGAGGGAGGCACAAAGGACUCAGCAUCGAGUUUGACGGCCUGGGAGGGAUGGUCACGCUGAGCUCCAGGCUCGACACACCGCAGACUGACAGCCUCAUGGACAACCACGACGGGACUCCCUCACCAGUGCUCUGCCACCACACUGGACGUGUGGGAAGGAUAUUUGAGGUUCCAGUCGGUUUUUAAGUGAGCAUAUAUAUUAUUAGUCUUACAUUAUUCCAUUGUUAAACAGUAUAUUUUGUUAAACUUUUCACAAACUUUUUUUUAAAAAUAAGCCUUCAUUGGAUUAAAAAUGUAUGAAGUGACUACUGUAUUCCUUCCAUGUCUGCACAGCUGCUUAGACAUAGAGUUGCUUUGUGGCCCUCUCAGGGAAGAGCCGGUGCACACGUCACACACACUUGGCCCCGUGCUGCAUAACGCACGUGGCUUCCGCCCCACACCGUAGGGCAUUUCUGCCACUGACGGUGGGCAUUCCAGACAUCUGCGGGCUGCUGCCCCUAACUAUGCCCCUAGGAAUCGCCCCGCUCGAAGGCCCCAGUUUCUUGUUAUCCUGGUUCCUGUCCAGCCUUUUCCUUGUGGCUCGAGAGGCUUAGCACUUCCUCUCAGAGCACCAGCCGUGCAAUAUGUUUACAUCCUAAGAUGUAUUAGUUUACAGGCUACGCUGUGAAAUGAUAGUCGUAUUUUGCUGUGGCUCCAUUAAUAAAGUGAGAUAUUUAGUAUAGAAACUAGACAUUUUAAAACAGCUACUAGUUCACCUGUGAAGGGCCUGCACAUUUCUCUUACACUAAGCACAUUAAUUUACAUGCUGACGCCGGGCGCAGUUUUAAAUCCGUAGUCAGAGGUUUCCCCGUUAGGCUUUUCAUUUGUGAAGACGGAACGGUGACGAGCACAAGUCUGGACAGGGUUAGUGAUGGCACGUUCGGAAAGGCCUGUGGUUGGAGCACUAGAGUUUGCCAGGCCUUGUCCGCCCUCCCCAGGGAGUGUGGCUGCUGUCAGCUGCAGCUUCCAGAGCGCUCCCCCUGCAUUGGCCGCCCCGGCACCGGGAAAGCGAACUUCCCGUAGGCCUCCGAAAGUUCCCUCGAGGCAUUAUUAUAAAGUCACUAGUUCAUCAUUUGAUCUUUCCCAAUAAGAUGUCUUUCUGCAUAAAAUAAUUUUAAGCAUUUAACAAAUUCCAGCUUAAAAAAAAAGCAAAACCGAAGUUCCGUUUUGGGCUUUUGUUGUUGUUUGGGAAAUUGCAUUGACAAAUAGGAUGCUUUAGCUCUGGGAUGAUGAUUACUUGCCAUGCUUCAUAGAAACAGAAAUGGAAGGAGAUGGUCACAGAGCACGCUUGCUCUGAGUUUUUACUAUUUCAGCCAAAGUACCCUGUUCCCUAGAAGCGCCUUAGAGGGGCGUCUUACCACCUGAACCUGGGAAUGACCCGGUGCCUGGCUGCUCAGUAACUGUGGACGGGGAGGUCCUGUGUGCAGAGCGCAGUGCAGUCACCGCCCAGGGCACUGUCACGUCGCAUCACAUCCUGGUCGGGUGAAAUGUGUCACCAGCUCACAGGACGAGUUUUGUUUCUCUGUUUCUCUUUGGUGUGUUUAAAGGAGCAUAUUAAUUUUUUACUGUUAAUUUUUUUAAAUCUAAGCAGGGGGACAUGCAAAAACAAUCACCAUCCAGUUGGAUGUCAUUUUAUAGAUGACCACUGUGUGCUUUUGUAAGACAAAUAUCCCUAAUUUAGUAACAAGGAAAGUCCUGUGCUCGUUUGCACUCGUGCAAAACCCCAACUUGUCUCUUAGAAAAUGCCGUUUCUCUGCGGUUUAACAACGCAUGUGCUGCACGCCAGGGAAACCAGUGUCCUCGCUGUCACUCCCACCGCCCUUGGUCCUGUGUGGGCUGUUCCUCAGUGACUUGAUUGGUGGGUUUAAGUCGCAGUAGACUUCUGUCUGCCCUGGGUCCUGUUGGCAGUGAUCCCUGAGAAACGAAUCUCCCUUUGACUUCUCCCUAACAUGAACACAGGCAAGUCUGCAGGAAAUUGAUAUGCAUACUGUAUUGUAUCCGGUUUGGAUUUUAAAAGUUUUAGAUUUGUUAAAGUUCACUGUACUGCUUUAUUUUCAUAGCUAUUUAAAAUCUUAAUAAACUGUUAAUCAUUCUUACGCUGCAAA